CGACAGCUUUGAGCUCACCAGUGUUCCUCAAAAUGUAAAACAAUGAAUCAUAACUAGAGACGUUGACUGCGAUCAUUUUGACGCAUUUUGAAGUAAUUCAUGAAGUACCAGUAUUGUGAUCAGGUGCUUUUGAUGUAUAUUAUUUAUUGGCUUUCUUGGAGGUUUAGAGGCUGUGAAAAGUAAUAGGUUUUCUGCUACAGACGGAAUCCACUUGACCAUUUGUUUUGUUAGAAUUUUGUCAUUGUCAGCUUAAUGCCAUUUAACUCUUGAUUAGGAUUAAUACAUGUUUGGACUAUUUUGUGUUCACAAAAAGUACAUUUUAUCUAAGAUGUCCACGCCUAUUUAUACAGACGCACACACACAGGCCCCGCCCUCUCUCUGGCACAUAUCCCUGGAAUAAUGGCGACCGGUCUGUUCCGCCUACCGCUCCGAAUUUCCACUCAAAAUGUGGCUUUAUUAAGCCGGAAUCCCGGCUUAAAAGCAUCAAAUAUAUCACGGAAGACUCCAGUUCGGAAUGCAACAUCGACGGCGUCCGGCGCAGUCCUACCGAAGCCGGAUAAAACCCCCUUUGGACUGAUCCGCAUGACGGCUGUGGUGGUGCCCUUCUUGUAUGUUGGUACUCUGAUAAGCAAGAACUUUGCAGCGCUCCUAGAAGAGCAUGACAUCUUUGUCCCUGAGGAUGACGACGAUGACGACUGAGCUGACGGCAUCAAACAAACGGAUGCAUUGCAAUACUGAGUAAAUGGAGAUGAGCUGGAAUAAAGAUGUGUGGCUGAGGUGGAACAUAUGUCAAUCACUCUACGUCCGACCCCCAGUCUCUUCUGCUGUUUAUCAUAUUUUUUAAUUUAAUAAAUAUAUGGAAUAUAUCAUAUCAUGUGAAGCCAGCACCCUGUGAUAUGGGGCAUCUUCACUCUUCUCGCAUGCGGUGGUCUUAGAAACUCAAUGGAGUUAAUACAAAUAAAAUACUUC